AUGAGAUGCACUGCACUCUUUGCAGCCCUCGCCAGCCACGCCGCGGCCGUGAGCGUCUCUGGCGCGGCCGAGGGCUUUGCUAAGGGCAUUACUGGCGGCGGGUCCGCAACAGCUGUGUACCCAAGCACAAAUGCCGAGCUAAUCACCUAUCUGAAGGACAGCUCACCCCGGGUUAUUGUCCUCUCCAAGACAUUUGGUUCACCAACACCGAGGGCACUGGAUCGGGCUGCCAGCUUGCCAUCAACAAGGGUAACUGGUGCACCAACUACCAGUCGAGUGCGCCAUCUGCUUCUCGACAAUGCGGGCAUGCUGGGUAUGACUGUCGCCUCAGACAAGACCAUCAUCGGCGAGGGUUCGAGUGGUGUCAUCAAGGGCAAGAGGUUGCGGUUCGUGAGCGGUGCCAGCAACAUCAUUAUCCAGUAUCUUUCAGAAACAUCGCCAUCACGGAUAUCAACCCCAAAUAAGUCUGGGGUGGAGAUGCCAUCACCAUCAACAACGCCGACAUGGUGUGGAUUGAUCACGUUACGAAUGAAAACAUAUACUGCCCGCAUCGGCCGCCAGCACAUAGUUCUCGGCACCGAUGCCUCCAAGCGCGUAACCAUCUCCAACAGUUACAUCAACGGGAAGACCGACUACUCAGUUACAUGCGACGGGUACCACUACUGGGGCAUCUACCUCGCCGGGUCCAGCGACCUGGUCACCAUGAAGGGGAACUAUAUCUACCACACCAGCGGACGCAGCCCGAAGGUGCAGGGUAACACGCUUCUCCACGCGGUCAACAAUUACUGCUAUGACAGCAGCGGCCGCUCCUUCGAGAUCGGCUCCGGCGGCUACAUCCUGGCCGAGGGCAAUGUGUUCCAGAACAUCCCGACGGUAGUGGAGUCGCCGAUCGAGGGCCAGCUCUUCUCUUCGCCGAGCACCUCGGCAAACCAGGUCUGCAGCACGUACUUGGGCCGCGUGUGCCAGGUCAAUGGGUCCGGCAGCUCGGGAACUUUUAGCCAGGUGGACACGGCGUUCUUGACUAACUUAAGUGGGAAGAAUAUUGCGUCGGCGUCGGCUUAUUCGGUGGUGCAGUUGAGUGUUCCUUCGAAUGCUGGACAAGGAAAGCUGUGA